AUGAGUGAAAAAACGUCCAAAGCUCCUUCAGGGGCGGGGGCAUCGGCUCCAAAUAAAAUGAGACUUUAUGCUACUUGGGUUGAUAGAACUCCGGCAAACUGUAUCCCAAGGCUAUGUUCCCUCACACUAACAAGGUUAGUAAUAUUAAGACCUCUUGGUUCUGAAUCUCCAGCUACAGUUUCAAUAGCAGUUAAAAUGCAGUCCAGUAAAAGAACAUUGAGGUCCAAUGAACUGGUCUUGACACAGGGUGGCUUGUUGGAUACCCCUUUAGAUGUUACGUUUUGUCUUCAGUACCCCCAUUUUUUAAAAAGAGAGGGAAACAAACUCCACAUUCUGCUUCAGAGGCGGAAGAGAUAUAAGAAUCGCACAAUGUUAGGUUUUAAAACACUUGCCGAAGGAGUCAUACGCAUGGACCAGGUCCUUCAAAGGCAGAUGGACAUGGAUCUUGAAUUGAUGCCAGAAAACAAUAGCAAAGACAAGGGUUCUGGUCCCAUUGCUAGGCUGUCAGUAUUGCAAUUAAGUUCGACUCCUGUCGAUCAAGAUCACAAGAUCCGAGAUCAUGAUUUCAGUGAUGACGAGGACGAGAUCAGUUCCGGAGAAGAGGAAGCUGCGGAUCUUUCUGACAGCGAACCCAUCCGCAAGUUGCCACACACUAGGCAUAAUCUAAAGCAGAGAUUUGUGUCUUUAUUAAGACGGUUUAAAGUACCAGAUUCUGAAGGUGGAAGAGUUCGUGAUUGCCUCGACAAUCCAAGUGAUAUUCAAGCUCUGUUCCAAGAGUUAGAAUCGUUGAGCUGUGAUGAUGAUUCAGGUGGUGAACAAGAUACAAUGUCCAUAUCUAGCACACCGAAGCCAAGUUUACGUCCUUUUUUUAGUAGUAGCCGAAGUCUUUUAGAUAACAGCACUGUACCGUUUGUGGAGUCGGAAAAAGCUGAAGAAAAAACUUGUUCAGGAUCUGAUGGAAACGCGGAUUUCUGUUAUACAGACCCUGAAGGUCAAAGUGAUCCUCAGACUGGAUCUCCCCCUCGCGAGCAAACAGUGACUUUUCGAAAGCACAUUGGUGAUAAUGAAUUUAGUAACAUUAUGCAAGAACUGAGUGAACGCAAAUCAAAAUUGUUCAGAUCAUCUACUUCCUCUGACAAGAAAAAGAAAAAUUCACUUAGUGUAAGCUCCGAACCUCCUGCAGAAACACCCACGUCUCGAAAAGUAUUUUUAGAAUUAGUAUCAAAAUUACUACCUUCUGAAGAGACUGUGCUUCCUGAGUGUGUUGUAUUUUUAACUGGUCCUGAUACUUUAACAAUACCAAUUGCUGCACGAUUUGGAGGACAAUAUAAAGUUUUUCAGCCCCUGUCAGCUGUUGAAACUAAGGCUGUUCUCACAGCUAUCUUCAGUAAAAUUCAUAAAUACUGCAAUAGCUGUGCCAAACCGAAUACGUUCGUCAAACUACUACUUAUUGGCGGCGACACUUUGAUAGGAUGGUUUGUUCGGCCAUAUGUUGAACUCUUAUCCAGCAAACCAUCCGAAUGGCUGUCCUUCACCCGUGUGUACAUAGUUCCCUUAGGAAACUGCAGCAUAUCAAGACAUCUCUCCACUCUCGACCAGGGCUAUCAGUCCCUUUUUCCUAGUGACCAAGAUGUGAAGAUUGAUGAAUUGUCACAGAGAUUACAACGGUAUUUAGCAGUUCCACCUUCAGCUCCCGUCGCGCAGAUACCUAUCGGUGAGGCCAUGCUCACCUGCCAUGAUGAGAAUAGUCAAUUGUUUAUUCCUUUUAUAAGCGAGGUGAGAGUUGGUCCAGCUGACCAAUCCCAAUCAGUCUCAGUAGAUUUGGAAGACUUGAUCUGUUCCAGUCCCCCAGCACCUUCUCUGACUCCACCAUCAUCUCCCAACGUACAAGUCCGAGAUUCUCCCUGGGAACCCCUCGAACUUCAAGUAGAUUAUUGGCAGUUACCUAAGUUCGGUGAAACCAUUAUUAAGACUGAGAAAGACAAGGCCAAACAGGAUGGUAAAACAUCGUUGAAGGCCGUUUUUAGAGGUCUGCAAGCUUCGCCGACUACUAUGUUAGGUCUCAGUCUUACCAUGCACUUAACCAAUAAGGAAAAGAAACAAAAAAUUAUGAGAUUAGGAAAGAAAAAGGAGAAGGAAAAAGAUACAGAACCUCGCAGUCAGAAUGUAGAGGGUGUUUCAAGACUGAUUUGUUCUGCACGUGCUUCACAUAAUACACCUAUGAAAGUUUACAUCGAUGGGGUUGAAUUCGGUGGAGUGAAAUUCUUCCAAUUGAGUUCCACCUGGCAAACUCACGUAAAAAGCCUGACUGUGGCACUAGCCGGGGUGCCUCUGGCCAGUACCGAAUUGCACUGA